AUGCCUGCAAUCAGUUUCUUUUCUCUUGUCCGUUACACAUUUAGCAAGUUCAACACAGCCAUCAACUGUUCUUUAUUUUCUUCUUCUUUUUCUCUCUCUCACUCUCUCUCUCACUCACUCUUCUUCUCACUCACUCACUCACUCACUCUUCCUCCCUCUCUCAAUCUUUCCUUCUCUCGCUCUCUCUCAAUCUUUCCUUCUCUCGCUCUCUCUCAAUCUUCCCCUUCUCUCUCUCUCUCUCUCUCUCUCUCUCUCAAUCUUCCCCUUCUCUCUCUCUCUCUCUCUCAAUCUUCCCCUCUCUCUCUCUCUCAAUCUUCCCCUUCUCUCUCUCUCUCAAUCUUCCCCUUCUCUCUCUCUCUCUCAAUCUUCCCUCUCUCUCUCUCUCAAUCUUCCCUUCUCUCUCUCUCAAUCUUCCCCUUCUUCUCUCUCUCUCAAUCUUCCCCUUCUCUCUCUCAAUCUUCCCCUUCUCUCUCUCUCUCUCUCAAUCUUCCCCUUCUCUCUCUCUCAAUCUUCCCCUUCUCUCUCUCUCAAUCUUCCCUUCUCUCUCUCUCAAUCUUCCCCUUCUCUCUCUCUCUCUCUCAAUCUUCCCCUUCUCUCUCUCUUUUGUUGCCUCAUUCUUCCCGUUUUUAUCACUACUUGUCACUUUCUUGCACUUCCUAUCAAUUCCUAGAACUCUUAUCACUUCAUUAUCUAUCUCUAAUAUUAUUUGCAUUUCCAUGUUCAUCUGUUAUUCUUUUGUACUAUUUUGCUUUUUAUCAUUGUCAUUCUUUUUCAUUUCAAAUGUCUAUUUCCAAAUCCUAUUCUCUUUAUUUUCCCAACACAACCAUUUUUCAAUUUUUUCCUCUCUAUUCUCUGUUCAUUUCUGUUUUCUCUUUCACCAUAUCUCUCUUCUUGCCUCUUUUUAAGUCUCUUCUUCUUUUCAUUAAUUUUGACUCAUGGCAAUCUCUUUCCCAUUCUUCCAAACCAAUCAGUUUUUUACUUUCUCUUUUUCUUGCUGAUAUUCCUUAUUCUUUCCUCUUUCUCUGCAACUUCCUCCUUUUAUUAUUUAUUCUCUCUAUUCUUCUCCAAAACUCAACUUUUUUUCUUUUUCUCUCACUAAAUUCUUCUUUUUCUUUUAUAAUCAUGAUUCAGUUUUUCCCAUCUUUUAUUCCUGAUCUCUUCCUUCCAAUUUUUUUUCUUCCUCCUCAUAUUGUAUCUUGA